CGCGGGCACGAAAUCAUGUGAGAGUCCACGCGUCUGAAAGUAGGUUAGCAGGGUAGAGUGAGAGCAGAGGGAGGAGGACGCCGAUUCUCACCGCGCCAUAACACACACACACUUACUUCGACAGCGACUUUAUUUUUUUGCACACAAAGCGCAAGAAGUGUAGAAACACGAAUUUACUUCUGAGGAGUUUUAUUUUCCAAACAAUGCUCACAGUCGGAGCUGAAAACUUUAAUUCGGGCAGUUGUCUGACGUUAGUUACUUAGUCCGAACAUUAUUUCUCCUCACGCAUUUAAACUUUGGAGAAGCACGAAACCUGUCAACAUGAGAGCCCAAAUCGAGGUCAUACCGUGUAAGAUCUGUGGAGACAAAUCCUCCGGGAUUCACUAUGGUGUAAUUACGUGUGAAGGGUGCAAGGGUUUUUUCCGACGCAGCCAGCAGAAUAAUGCCAUGUACUCGUGUUCACGGCAGAGAAACUGCCUGAUUGACCGAACCAACCGCAACCGCUGCCAACACUGCCGUCUGCAGAAGUGCCUGGCGCUCGGCAUGAGCCGCGAUGCGGUGAAGUUUGGCCGGAUGUCGAAGAAGCAGCGAGACAGUCUGUACGCAGAGGUCCAGCGGCACCAGCAGCUCUCCCAGGACUGCCUGGCAGGUCUGACGGGCCGUGAUGAAGCCGAAGACGGAGCCCACAGCCGGCCGUACAGCAGCGGAGGCUCCAGCUCCACCCUCAGCGACCUAGAUGACAUCGCCACGCUGCCCGACGGCCUGCUGUUCGACCUGCCGCUCACGCCAGAGGAGGCAGGCGAGUACUGCGCUCUGGAGAUGCUGAGCAGCGGGACAGGCUCUGGAGGUUCUGGAAGUGGAAGCUCUUCAUCCAGCCAGAGCUCGCCUGAACCCAGCGCUGUGGAUCUGGCGGACGCAGUGAGGGUUAAGCACGAAUACAUCAUGCCUGACAACAGCCGUCUCACACACUCUCUGCUGGGCUCCAUACCAGACAACUGCUCUCUGCAUGAUAUAGAACGGAUCACUCAGAAUGUGGUGAAGUCUCACCUGGAGACAUGUCAGUACAGCACAGAAGAGCUGAAGAAACACACGUGGAGCCUCUACACACCUGAAGAAACACGCAGCUUCCAACUUAAGUCUGCAGAGUGGAUGUGGCAGCAGUGCGCUCUGCAAAUCACAAACGCAAUCCAGUACGUGGUGGAGUUCGCCAAACGCAUCUCUGGGUUCAUGGAGCUCUGCCAGAAUGACCAGAUCAUCCUGCUCAAAGCAGGAUGCCUGGAAGUCCUGCUGAUACGAAUGUGUCGCGCCUACAACUCUUCCAACAACACUAUGUUUUUUGAUGGCAAGUUUGCCAGUCCUCAGCUCUUCAAAGCUCUCGGGUGUGAUGACCUUGUAAACGCUGUGUUUGAAUUGGCUAAAAGUCUGAGUCGUCUUCAGCUGAGCGAGGAGGAAAUGGCGUUAUACAGCGCUGCGGUUCUGCUGGCUCCAGACCGGCCAUGGUUGACCGAGUCUCAGCAGGUUCAGAAGCUCCAGGAGAAGGUUUACGUGGCGCUUCAGCACAGCCUGCACAUGAAUGGAGCCACCAUUGAGAAACUGGACAAGAUGGUGUCCAAACUCCCGCAGAUGAAGUCGAUCUGUAACCUGCAUAUUGACAAGCUGGAGUUCUUCCGCCUGGUUCAUCCAGAGACGGCCUACAGUUUCCCUCCUCUGUACAGGGAAGUGUUCGGCAGCGAGAUCAACUUCCCAGACUCCACCAACAGUUAGAAAGAGUGAGAGAGUGAGGGAGAGAGAAUCAGAGUGAGAGAAGGGGAAGAAAAGAGCAUGUGUGAACACAUGAGAGGACAUUAUCGGUAAAAACAGCAUUUUAAAAAAGCUCCAGGGAGAAUCUAUUACACUGUUAAAAACUACCAGCAGAAACUCAUUCACUACACUACAACAGGGGCCAAUCAAGUGUUUCAGAUUCCGCAACACACUCGUAUGUACAGUUGAAGUCACAAUUAUCAGCCUUUCUGUCAGUUUUUUCAAACAUUUCCGAAAUGAUGUUCAUCAGAGCAAGGAAUUUUUCACAGUAUUUCCUAUUAUAUUUUUUUCUUCUGGAGAAAGUCUUAUUUGUUUUAUUUUGGCUAG